CAAUUAACAGCCAUAUUCAAUAUCCCCAUUCCCAGUAAAAAAAACCUCGACCGCGAUAAAUCGAUUCGCCUGAGCGUAUUUUUAUACACUCCGGCGAUCAGAGUUAAGGACGUGUCGUUCACGCGCGAACAUAAGGAUGUAUCUAUGGGAUUUUCGCAACAGUCGGUUUGUUGGAGUGCUUAGUGCAUUGGACUUCAUUCUCAUAUUGAAAGAGUUGGGGAAUCAUGGAUCAAAUUUGACUGAAGAACAACUUGAGACUCAUACUAUAUAUAGCAACCUGGAAAGAGGGAAAAUUAAAUCAACGCAGGGCACUUGAUAUUAAUGAGGGAUCAGAUCCUCACUGUUUUGUUCAUAAUUAAGUACACAGCAAAAAUGCAUUUUCUUCCACAUUUAAUGUUAAACCAUGACAUCCAGAUGAAUGCAAAACAAGGUGUCAACAGUUCCUAUCAUUCAUUCUUCUCCAGAGGAUGGAUCAAUUCCCCAACUGCUGCAUCUUGCCUCCCUAUCAGGAAUUCUAAAAUGUAUAUGCAGGCAUUUUAAGCACUCUGCUGGUUCUUUGCCCAUUCUUCAACUUCCUAUUGGUUCAAUACCUUUGGGUACAUGGGUGCCUAGAGUUGGGGAUCCAAAUGGACAGCCACUCGCAAUGCUAAGGCCAAAUGCUUCUCUUGGUGCUGCCCUGUCGAUGUUUGUCCAAGCUAAAGUUAGCUCAAUACCAAUUGUGGAUGAUAAUGAUUCAUUGCUUGACAUAUAUUCAAGAAGCGAUAUUACUGCACUGGCUAAAGAUAAAGCAUAUGCUCGAAUAUCCCUCGAUGAAAUUAGUAUUCAUCAGGCAUUGCUUUUGGGACAAGAUGCAAAUGCUCCUUAUGGGCUUUACAAUGGCCACAGAUGUCAUAUGUGUUUGAGGUCUGAUUCGUUGCACAAAGUGAUGGAGCGGUUGGCUAGUCCUGGGGUUAGGAGACUUGUGAUUGUGGAGGCUGGUAGCAAGCGUGUGGAAGGGAUUAUUUCAUUAAGUGAUGUUUUCAGAUUCUUAUUGGGCUAGUUGGGAUAUAUUGGUGAUCUUAUUUAAUAUGAAUUAUGAAGGGCAUAGCAGUGUUAGUGGCAUUUGAAGGGAACUUUUAUGUUCGCACUUGUUUUCUCUUUUUCGUAGUCUUUGUUUGGGUGAACAUCUUUUGCUGUUUGCCCACAUGCUUUCUUAGGAUAGAAAUUGGAGAGAAAAUUCUGUAAAUUGAGGAUCAGUUUUCUCCUUUGUGCCGGCACAUCUGCAAUAUCUGUGUCCAGUGCUAACAGAAUUCAUGGAGAAAACAACAAAAAUUAUAUAGUUUUAAUAUUAUUAAUUAGAAUUAAAUAUUUUUUUAA